GUGGUCAAAGCUUAAUUUUUACACCUUUGCUAAAACAAAUUUAGCUAAUGCGUGCUAGUGUCAAAACGAUUGAAAAAGGGGGAAAUAGAAAAUGAAUUUAAAGUAUUUGACCCCACUCAUCACGCUUCAGGCGUCGAUGCAGAUGGGGGGCGAACGUGUGAAAGCAAUGGCAUGGUCGCCGAAUAAUCAGAAGCUCGCCGUGUGCAGGAGUGACAAAGUCAUUCAGCUCUUUGAUGAGAAAGGUGGACCACGGGACAAGUUCCAAACACGCGGAGCGGACGUCAAAGCCACAUCGUCACCGCAGGCAUACAUGGUCACAUCCCUAGCGUUCUCUCCAGACUCCAUUAACCUGGCUGUGGGCCAGUCAGACUGCAUUCUAUUCAUAUACAGGAUUGGAGAAGAUUUCAAAAUGAAAAAAUCCAUCAUCAACAAGUUUGCGCAAACUUCAGCAGUCACCACCGUUGCUUGGCCAAGUGACGUUGAACUUAUUUGUGGGCUGAGCGAUGGCAAAAUUAGACACGUUAACAUGGUCGGGAAAGGACAAAAACCUAAAACAAUUUAUAACGUCCCAGACACUGCCGUGCUGACGAUGGUGACAAACUCGGCUGGCACAGAACUCGCAGCAUCCUUUUUGGAUGGACAAAUAUUACUGUUUGGAAUUGGAAAUCCUGAUCAAAUGUCGCUGAAAUCCAAAAUCCGUCACACAGUUCCUGCUGUGGCACUAGCCCUCUGCCCAGACUCGAUUCUUGCUGGGGGCUCGGACAUGAAGAUUUUCGUUUAUGAAAAAUUGGGGAAAGUUCGCCAACAGUUUGAUUUCUCGAAGGAUCCCUCCAACUGCGACUUCACUUGCGCUGCUGCCACCGCCACGGGUCAAACGGUUGUGUUUGGUUGCCUCAAUAAACUCAAGAUCUUGCAGUACCAGUCCCGGAAGAAGAUGUGGGAAGAGGGGCGGACAAAGAAGGUUGACAAUCUCUACGUCCCAACGGCCCUUCAGUGGCGAAAAGACGGGACUUUCCUCUCGGUGGCCACUUGUGUUGGGAGCUUUCACAUGUUCGAAGCCGCCUACAAACGAUCUAAAAGUGACAAAGUUGAGUUGAGCUACAUCACGCCGAGCAAUGUCAUACUGAAAGUAGUGGAAUCUGGAAAGACGGCCAAUAUCAGAUCUAAGUAUGGUAGUGAAAUUUCAGAAGUUCAACUGAUGGGCAAGGACUUAUUUGCUGUUGCUAGAACAGUUGAAACCAUAAUUAUUUGUGAUAUUGAGCGCAAGCUGACAAGCGAAAUCCCAUGGUCAGAUGUAGAAGAAAAGGAACGCUUUUACUUUGAGAACCAAACGGUCUGCAUGGUUUUUAAUGGUGGAGAAAUGACCUUAAUUGAGUACGGCAAAGAUGAUGUUCUGGGAACUUUUAGAACUGAAUGGAUAAACCCUCACGUAAUCAGCGUCCGAGUGAAUGAGCGGCUAUCAAAGAAAGAUUUAGAAAGCGGCGUCACCAACAGGAAGUUGGCGUAUUUGUUGGAUCUCAAAUCCAUAAAUGUUGUUGACCUCGAAUACAAUCUCCCUUUGGCUGAAGUGGUCCAUGACUCGAAAGUGGAUUGGCUCGAGUUAAAUGAAACAGGAACAAAGCUACUGUAUCGAGAUCGUCGCACUCGUCUCGUACUCGUCGACGUUGGGACUCUGAAUAAACACACGUUGGACCAAUCUUGCGGGUUUGUGUCGUGGGUCCCAGGUUCUGACGUAGUGGUCGCUCAGUCUAGAAAAACGCUGAGAAUUUGGUACAAUUUGGACACACCUGAAAUCAGUGUGGAUAUCGAGUUGAGAGGCGUGGCCACCGAUAUUUUGAAAGAGAAAGGUCGAACAGUAGUGCUGGUUCGCGAUGGAGGUGUCACUCAAGAGAUUGAGCUCGAUCAAAGUCGAAUCGAAUUUACUACAGCGAUAGACGAUGGAGAUUUGGCACGAGCAGCUGCAUUUCUGGAUUCGUGUGAACAAAGCCCAGAAGUUCAUGGCAUGUGGUCAAAAUUGGCAAAAGUGGCCGUAGAAGCACAAGAGUUAAAGAUUGCUCAUAAAGCUUAUGCAGCUACAGGUGAUGUUCCAAGAGCCAAAUUUAUACAAAAUACAAUCGAAAUGUGCAAAACAGAACCAGGGGUAAAUCCCAAUGAGAAGGGGUUCUGGAAACAAAGUUAUGAAGUCCAAGCACGUCUGCAUCUCAUGGCUGGACAAAUCAAAGACGCCGAAGCAAUCUAUUUGAAUCAAGGAGAUGUCGAUAGGGCAAUUAAAAUGUAUGAAACUUUGCAAAAGUGGGAUGAUGCCAUCACGCUGGCCAAGAUUAAGAACCACCCACGCCUCACCGAGUUGAUGGACCAAUUCUUGGAUCGUCUGAUAAGUUCAGGACAGUACGACGUGGCUGCAGAAUUUCUUGAAAAACAUGGACACAGCCAAAAAUCAAUCGCACUAUAUUUAGAUGGUGGAUUUCCUACUAGAGCAGCAAGAGUGAUAAUGAAGCACAGAGCACUUCAACAGGACACGGAUCUUGUCUCUCAAGUCUGCGAUUCUUUACUUUUGGGCGAAUUUCUCGAAGAAGCUGGAGAACUUUACGACUCUGUAGGCCAGAAAAGCCGAGCUCUGGAAUGUUAUCGUCGUGGGUUCUUUUACGAUAAGGCUAUAAAACUGGCAAAGCACUCGUUCCCCAAUGAAGUGGUCUCCUUGGAAGAAGAGUGGGGUGAUCAUCUCGUCUCCUGUCGUCAAAUGGAUGCUGCUACGAACCACUAUAUUGAAUCAGGAUGUUUGGUCAAAGGGCUGGACGCGGCAUUGGAAUCAAGACAAUGGAAAAAGGCAUUGCACAUCAUUGAGGCGGUAGAAGACGUUCCUGCAGUGUCCAAACAAUGGGUCAAACUUGGAGAGUAUUUUAAUUCGAUAGACGAGCUAAGCCAAGCUGAACGGUGUUUUAUAAAAGGUGGAAAUCCAAAGAAAGCUGUAGAAAUGUACACUGAAAAAGAUCGAUGGGAAGAUGCGCAUCGAAUUGCGACUCAGUCAACCGGAAUCAGCAAACAAGACCUUCAACGACAGUACAUUGACCAAGCAAAAAUCAUGCAAGAUCAGGGUCGUUAUUUGCAAGCAGAAAAGUUGUAUGUGGCCAUUGGGGAGGUGGACAUGGCUAUCAAGAUGUACGCGACAAAUAAAAUGUAUGACGAAGUUUUGCGUCUUAUUCAAGCACAUCGUACAGAACAUCUUGGUCAAACCUUGAAGCACUUGGCGGAGAUUUGCAUACAGGAAGAAAAUUAUAAAACUGCGGAAAACCAUUAUGUCAAAGCAGGUCUUUGGUCAGAUGCGGUGGAAAUGUAUGUCGCAAGGGGACUUUGGGAAGACGCAUACAGGGUGGCAAGGAAUCAUGGUGGAGUUCAAGCUUCAAAAAAUGUGAUUUUCAAAUGGUCUGCUGCCCUUUCACCAGAUACUGCUGUGAAAUUACUCAACAAGUUUGGCUACAUUUACGAUUGUAUAGAUCACCAUUGUUUGAAAGGAAACUUCAUUGUAGCGGAGGAGAUCGCCGAAUUGGGAGCACGAGACAAACUUGUCGACAUCCAAUUCCAAUGGGCCCAAUAUUGUGAAGAGAAAAGAGAGUAUGAAGAGGCAAAGAUACAUUAUGUUAACGCAAAUAUGGGAAAGGAAGCUGUUGAUAUGUAUCUUCGGAGUCACGACCUUCCCAAAGCAAUGGAAACAGCGGAGAAAUACGCUCCUGAAGAGUUACAAAGAGUUCUUCUUAUGCACGCGGAACAACUUUUUGGAAACAAGGAUUUCAGUAAUUUUGAAACCAUUGUCAUUCGUGCAGAAAAACCUGAAAUUGCAAUAGAACUUUACAAGCGGCAUAACAUGUGGGCUGAAGCCUUUCGUGUCUGCAAGCAGUAUGCACCACAUCUCACAAAUCAGCUUCAAGAGGAUUUUUCAGUUUUCGAUUCCCGGAAUGAAUCCGCCAAAGAGCCAGAAGAAUUGAUUGAACAGGCGAAACAAUUUGAACGCCAAGGAGAAUAUCGAAAAGCAAUUGAGCGCUACUUACAGCUUACCCCACAAAUCAUGGACAAUGACAUUGUGCUCGCAAAAUGCUGGACCCGAGCUGCCGAACUGGCAGCAAAAUUUUUGUUAAAAGAACAUGCAGACUACGUUUUGAAAUCCUUGGCCCCCAUGCUCUCCAGUAUUAAUCGCUUUGCAGAGGCUGCUUCACUGUACGUGCAAUGUGGGCAGUAUAAGGAGGCCAUCAGGGCUUUGAUUGAAGGAGAUUUGUGGGACGAAGCGCGACGACUGGCAACGGAAGUUGGACCAAAGAUGGAAGAAUACGUGAAAAUGAAGCAAACCGAGUCACUCAAAGCGUCUGGACAAGUGGAACAACUGGAAGGUGUAAAUGCGCACGCUGCUCUGGAGCUGAUGUGCGAGCAAGGUCACUGGGGAAAGUGUUUGGAGAGGGCCAAGCACAAUGCCGACACGCUUUCGAAAUAUAUGGCCAAGUAUGUGACUCACUUAAUCAAGGCGAGGUCAGCCCGGGAGGCACUCAAGGUGUACAUGGACUAUGGCACUCCCUGCAACCGAGAACACUUUUCACUGUACAGAGCCUUAGCCAUGCUCAUGCUCACGGAUAUCAACAUGGAAGAUUUUGAAACGUGGUCGGAGAUGAGAAACAUGAUGUUUUCUGUGAUGAAUGGACUUAACUCGUCCGGAGCUGAUCACCGAUCCAACGUUUAUGUCCAAAUGGACAGCUUUCUUUGGAUUUCACACUAUUUUACCAAUAAGCUCGCUUUUCAAGCAUCUACAUCUCUGGAACCGUUGGCUGCUAAAGCAUCAGUAUCUCUCCUUCGCUACUGUGGACUUGUUCCGGUAGAAAGAGCAUUUUACGAAGCUGGAAUUUUGUGCAGGAAAGUGAAGUGGGACAACAUGGCGUUUGUUUUCCUAAAUCAAUAUCUCGACGUUCGUGAUGCAAUCGAAGAGGGGACACAAUCUACUGGAGGAUUGGACCACUCUGAUUUUCUAAAUACUGACAUUCCCACCGAGUGUGACUUGCCUGAACAAGCAAUGGUACCUGACGAAUGUCAUAAUGAGGUCAAAGAGUGGGUGCUAUCUGCCUCGAUGGACGCCAACAUCCAACCGGAAUUGCGUCAGGAUGAGCGAACCAUUUUUGAGGGAUCGCUGGUAUCUUCCGCAGGAGGCGAAAAGUGGGAACCUUGUGUUCUAACCGGCUAUCCAGUGACAGGGACGAAGGUGUCCUUUCGCACCACAAACAGAUUUGCGGACAAGGAAGACUGGAACAGAUUCGUCGCAGUUUCUAGGAGUGAACCCAACGAACAAUUGGCAAAUAUUAGCGAAUUUUUAUCAGCCUGGUGUGGAUCUUCUCCAAACUAUUCGUUGUAAAUAAAAUACACAAGUUUUUUCUCCUGGUAAUGUCGUCAAAAUCCGUGUAUGUGUUGUAUUUGUUCGACUUUAAUUACUUAGGGAAUCCUACUUAAUUAUGAAUAAUUAUGUAUUAAUAAUGUAUUCAUAAUUAUUAAUUAUGAAUACUAAAUUACAUAUGCACAUCAAACUUUAAAUAAAUAUAACUUAAUUUAAAAGACAAAAUACAAUCAUAUUCCUUUCAAUUAGUUGUUUGUUAUUGCGAUUAAUGAUUAAGAAUAAUGCAUAUUAAACACAUUAGAAGUGUCUCCUCUGUUACAUACGAAUUUAGGUACUACGGAUAUUGAAAUAUGUAUUUGUAAAAACUAUAAAAAGCAUUAAUUGAAGCAUGCAACUGAACUUUUAAAAUCAUUUUGAUCAGGGAGCCGUACUUAAGCUUUACCCUCACGCUCGGAGGAAUCGAAACGGGUUGGCGUAAAAUUCCAGUUUGAUCCUUCUCUCUCGCUUUGCGUAAUGCCUUGUAGUGCCUAUCUCGGAACUUCGCAUCGACCCUGUGGGGGGGAGGAGUCGACCUCAG